AGUUCGGUGCGUGAACCUGGCGAGUGUGGAUGCGUUUUUGCGCGAAACGCCAAAUAGCCAAAAGAAUUAAAUCUAAAAGCCAAUACAAAACAACAAAACUAAAACGCGACGCCUACAUAUUAAAACAAAAACAAAAAAAAAAAAAAUAAAUACAUGCUAGCAGUGCAAUAAAUAAAUUGAGAAAUUGACAAAGCACACAUUGAUACAAAUGAGCAUUAAUAGUUAAAUUCGUGUUUUUUGCUAGUGUUAAAAACGGGAACGUCGAAAACGUCCCAAAUAAAAAUUUACAUCAGUCGACAAAAUUAAUACAGUGUUGUAAAACAAGAGGUAGAAACGAAUAAAGCACGAAAUACGCGGCUGCAAUUUAGAAAAGCCAUGUGAAAAUCUGUGUACACCACAAUUUCUUAAAAGCAAAUGUAGAAAAAAUUAUAUAUAUAUAUAUAUGUAUAUAAAUAUAUAUGUAGCCGUACAUUACAUAUAUAUGUAUAUGUGUGUGUGGUAGUACAAUAUUUGUGAGCGCCAAAAAGCCGAAGAGCAGGCCCCAACUCUGACGCCGACGCCAACGCCGCGCAGUCAUAUAAAUUGUCUCUCGUCGCGCGCAUUUCGAAAGUACACGUCCUGCUCAACGUUCUCGUAGUAAAAACGUCGUAGCGUGUGUGUUUUUUGUCGGCAAAUCUGUUGACACUAACGGCGACAGCAACGUUCACUGCGACUGCGACUGCGACAGCGCUGUGCUUCGCUGCACAUAGAACGGAGUACUCCGCCAAUUUCGCCUCACCGUUCCAUUCCCGCUAGGCGUUCCUGUGCCAAGCAAAUUUUUGUUUUUGGUCAACGAGCAACGCUUUUUCGCACUCAAGCUUCGAAAUUGCGAAUUUGGCGCGCUGAGUAAGCAAGUAUUUAAACUAGCAAAUUCCAGAGAAAUAUAUCACGGAUCACGAAUUGUUGUCAAACCAAUCGAAUAUUAAUUGCAAAAAUGUUAAAUAAUCGACAGAAUUACAUUGAAAAUAGUUGGAAAUUUGUGAAAAAAUCUGAAACUCACCACUCGCAAACAAAUGAAUGAAAUUGAAUAAUCAUUAAUUACUGAUAUCAAAUCAAACUAUUUCAUAGUACUCGUAAUUGAAUAAUUAUAAAUAAAUUGUGAAAACCAAAAUUGAAAUUCAUUUAAUUGAUAAAAAUUAAUCGCGCGUUUUUCAAACAAAAAAGUGUCAAUACAUAAAAACGAAAUAAAACGAAUUCGAAAUUCGUUUGGUAAACGAUUUUGUGGCUUUCACACAAACACACACACGAACUGAGGGGGAAAAAAAAUACCAAUAAAAUAAUCAAAUUGCAAAUGUGCGAGUAAAUCGAAAAUAGUUUAUUGAGUGUCGGUUGCGGAGCCGCAGAUUUAAUCGAAACCAAAUCAAAUCGCAACGAACUACACCGAACACAGCCGCAGAAUGGAGGGCAAACAUUUGAGUUGCUUUGUGGCCCUUUUGCUGGGCGUGUUAAUAUUCAAAAUGCACAUAUUCCCAGCUGUCGGAGAUCAGGAUGAGGAUAUACCACACAAUGAAGUGCGCAACUGGGCCCUGAAAUUUGGCGUUGAUUUAUGGGAAUUUGGACGGCAAUUUACCAAAAUGAAUGAAAUCAAAAGUCGCUUUAAGGACAAUGACAUCGAAGUGAAGCGCAAGGAUGGCAUCAUCUUGCUGCGUGAAUUAGCGGCGGAGGUGAAGAACUUUAUGGAUUUCAAGCGUAACGCAGUCAUGCGAUUGAUGGACUCGGCGGAGCAGGCGGCUCUCUCGGAGCUGGAAGGCCAGAGCAGCUCGGAGUCGGGGGCAUUGGGAGGACAGCAGCAUUACGAUGCGAGACGCAUCAAUGAGUAUAAUGCCGAUGGCAAAUUGGCGGACGGAGCUCGUCACAUGGAUAUACGAUUCAUGCGGCGCUUCGAGCGUCUGCCGGUGAAUCUCAGUCUAAGCUCGAUUCUGGUGCCGCACGGCGUCGAUUUGGAUGAGACGGACGUGAAGUCGGCAUUGCAGUGGAGCGCCCACUUGGAUCCACUCUUCCAGAACAACUUGGAGCGAGAUCCGGCAUUGUCCUGGCAAUACUUUGGCUCCUCAUCCGGUUUCCUACGUCGCUUCCCCGGCACUGCCUGGCCACCCGAGGGCUCCAAGGGCAGCAAGCUAAUCCACGAUUUUCGCACUCACAAUUGGUUCGUCCAGGCGGCGUCUUCCCCGAAGGAUAUUAUGAUUCUACUGGACUCCUCUUCGAGCAUUUCGGAGAAGUCCUUCGAUCUGGCCAUGGCUACAGCAUUCAACAUACUCGAUACUUUGGGCGAGGAUGACUAUGUAAAUCUGAUUACCUUCUCGGAGGUGGUGAAGACACCGGUGCCCUGCUUCAAGGAUCGCAUGGUGCGCGCUACGCCCGAUAAUGUUCAGGAGAUAAAGUCGGCAGUCAAGGCAAUUAAGCUACAGGACACCGCCAAUUUUACUGCGGGUCUUGAGUACGCUUUCAGUCUCUUGCAUAAGUAUAAUCAAUCGGGAGCUGGCAGCCAGUGCAAUCAGGCCAUCAUGCUGAUCACGGAGAGUACUUCGGAGUCGCACAAGGAGAUCAUCAAGCAGUACAAUUGGCCCCACAUGCCCGUCAGGAUCUUUACGUAUCUGAUUGGCAGCGAUUCGGGCAGUCGGAGCAAUCUCCAUGAAAUGGCCUGCUCCAAUAAGGGCUUCUUUGUGCAAAUCAAUGACUUCGAGGAGGCUCGACGUAAGGUCAUCGACUAUGCGCUGGUCAUGGCGCGUCCAAUGAUUAUGUAUCAGGCAGAUCAUCCGGUGCACUGGAGUCCGGUGUUUGUGGCGGGCAAGUCAGGUGGCUUGGGACGCGAUUCGGAGUAUCAGCGACGUUUGGUUACGACAGUUUCAACUCCGGUCUUCGAUAGACGAAAUCAUUCGGUGCGCGUGGCAAAUCUGUUGGGAGUCGUGGGCACCGAUGUGCCCAUCGAGGAGAUACGCAAGAUGAUACCUCAGCACAAGCUGGGACCGAAUGGAUAUUCGUUUAUCGUCGAUAACAAUGGGCGUGUGCUUUACCACCCGGAUCUGCGGCCUUUGAGCGAUGGCAAUCAGUACAUCGAUCAGCUGCGACCUAAAUACGCCUCUGUCGACAUUACGGAGUUGGAACUGCCGGAAACGGAGGUGGGCAACGAGCAUGAAGUAGUCGAAAUGAACAAGAAUCUUCUUAAUGAGAUGCGCGGUGACAUGAUUCGUCCCAAGGAGGGCGAGACAGAGUUCACUGUGCUGAAUCAUUAUGACGAGUCGAAGCGUGUCUCGACACGCACCCAUCGCUACUUCUACGGCCCCAUCGAGGACACGCCCUUCACGCUCGCUAUUGUGCUGCCAGAGAAGUACGGCAGCCACGAGUUAGUCUCCCAACAGGAGAUACGUCAUUCGCGUAACAAUGUUACCGAAUACUUCAAGGGGGACAACUGGCGCGUACAUCCCGAUUGGGUCUACUGUGAGUACAAUAGUGUCAGCGAUUUGGAGAAAGAACGUGAGAGUUCCGGCGAAUACACAUCGCGCGAUCAAGAGCCCAGCUUUGGUUCGCCAGAAGAGCAGGUUUUGCACUUCCUGGCACGCGCUGGACGUCCUGGCUGGAAGUGGAUGUCGGUUCGACCCAAGUCACCGCAACCACAUCACAAUUUGCAUGGCACCUCAUCGAGUGCUGCCCACUUUGGAGCGCAGCAUCUGAAUGUUCAGGGUUCUCGCAAGGCAGAGCCGUACUAUUGCGAUCGAACCCUCAUUCAGAGCUUGGUGCGCGAUGCAAUGGUCACCGAUGGCCUAGACCGCAACACAACUGGCACUUCAAACGGGAAGGAGGACAAGCAUCCAAUCGCCACAUUGAUGGCAAUUUUAAAGAGGCAAGGCUAUCAGAAAUUUGUGGUUGCUACUUCAUUUGUUGCCACACGUUCGGGAUUACUGCGCUGGAUUGAUCACAUCAAAAGACCUGAGGACACGCCUGAACCUCACUUUAGCGAGGAUAAUGUCCGUGCCAUGGACACAGCUUGGUACAAACGUGCCGUGGAUCAGCAUACAGUGGAACCGGAUAGCUUUGUGUACAGCGUACCUUUUGGCUCUGGCUAUGCCAUCAAAUCGAAUGCCACCUUGGUGACCGCAUCUCACGCCAUUUUCGUGGAGCAUCGUGGUCACAAGGCGCCCGCUGGUGUUGUUGGUCUGCAGUUUCAACACGAUUCGCUGGCCAAGCACUUCAUCAACAUCACAUCUACUUGCACUGGAAUGACGGGCUGUAAGAGAACUUGCGCCUCAGACAAUCUCGACUGCUAUGUGCUGGACAACAGUGGCUUUGUGAUCAUAUCGGAGGAAAUGGAGCAUACUGGGAAAUUCUUUGGCCAAAUCGACGGCACGAUAAUGGACUCUUUGGUACAGGAUCGCAUCUACAAGCGUGUCACUGUGAACGACUAUCAGGGCGUUUGUUCCGACUCCGACAAUCCCUACACUGCAGCUGGAGGUAUUUUGAAGCCUCAUCGCUUCGGCAACUGGUUCUUUCAACAUUUGGUGGCACUCAGCGCCACUUGGCUAUCGUUUAUGCCUGCCUCGCUGCGUGCCUGGCCUCAGGACGAUUAUGAAACAUAUGAUAACAACGGGGACGUGGUUUUCAUUGAGAACAAUUAUUCGGACGAGUAUGAGGAGACUUUUGAAAAUGAAUACAAUAUGCAAGUGGAUCAGGAAAUGGAUGAGUUCUUUACCACAGCUGAUGUGGAGUACACAACACCACCACCGAAGCAACACAAGCCGCACAGUGGACCUAGAUUCACUCCUGAUCCGCAGAAUGCGCGACGCUGCGAUCUGCGAACCGAUCUUUACAUGUUGCAGCCAGAGCGCCUCAACCAAGGCGGUCAGAACAAUCCUCUGAAGGGAAAGCUAACCAAUUGCCACGUUUCGGGCUGUGAACGCCCAUUUAGCGUGCAGAAGAUUCCGCAUAGCAAUUUGAUACUGCUGGUAGUGGACACACUGUGUCCAUGUGGUUCCAAGCAGCUGGACAUCGAGCCCAUGGAGGAAUCAGGUGUUGUGGGCGCCUGCAGCACGCGUCGUCAGAGCCAGGAGCAGGAGUCGCGCCGUCGGCCCAAGAAGUGCAUCAACUAUCAUCCCGAAGAGAUCGAGAUACAGCAGUGUGGCCGGGGCAGCACCUUGUUGCGCAUGUCAGCCUCGGUUGUAGCGGCGCAUCUUCUCAUGGUCACCGUGACCUUUGUGUUGGCCAACGCGUGAUACGAACACUAAAUGCUAAACUGGAUGUGAAUCUGGAUAAGGUGGUAAAAGGGCAGCAAAAUAGCGGGCAGUGUGUAAGUUCAGUGGAAGGGUAUUUAAUUUUCAUCGAGAGAAAGGAAGAAGAAACUCCAUGCACGUGCAAUGCUUAGCCAAAUGAAAAUGAAUGAAAAUCAAAGAGAUUCUUGUUUGAAUUGAAAUAAAAUACUAACCAGUUACAAGUUAAUAUAUCUAUAUGUUUGUAGACAAUAAUUUGCAAAAGAAUAUAUUUCCAUUGACAAUUAGACAAAGUACUUAUUAGCUAAAUAUUAGUUAAUAUUGUGAGUGUUUUGCAGCAAACCAGAGAAUCACAAUUUAAAUCAAAUAUUUAGAGAGAGAAAGAAAUACUAUAUGAACUUAAUUUAACUACGCGUAUUUAUUGUUUUCUCCAAACUUUACACUUAAGGCAUGCAAUUGAAUUAUUAAAUAUUUCCAAAAUGAAAGCAAACUAGUUUUUCACAAAUUUGUUCGAAUCAUAUAUUGAACUAUAGACAAAGCGAUAAUGCAAAUAGUAAGUUUAUGUAAAUAGCAUGUGAAAGUAUUUAAACAGAACAAAAUUCCUACCGAAAUACUUAAUUCAACAACUGAUUUGUAAACAACAAAAUUCAUAAUUUGCACUAACUGCGUACGCACAAAAUGUCGAGUAUUAUAUUUUACAAGGAAACCAAAACAAAAACAAAAACAAAAACAAAAAAAAAAACACGAAAAAAACCAAAACAAAAGUUAUAUAACAAAUUCACUGAACAAACAGAAGACUUGAAAAUACCAACAGCAAUGUAUAAACGAAAAGCACAUACAACAAAAACAAACAGAUGAGAAAAACAAAACCAGUUCAUAUCGAAAACAUAUGCAUGGCAGCCAAUUUUGAACAGCAAUAAGCAAAACAAAUACAAUAACAAAAAGUAUAUAAAUAAAUUACAUAAAUAUAUAUAUGAUGAAUUGUAUGUAUAAACAAAUUAGUUUUGCAGAAGGAAUAACAUUUAUUUUAUAUACAUUUUAUACAACAUCAUUUUGACAAACAUAAAAAUAUAAAAAAUUAUAAUAAAUAUAUCAACAGGAAAAUCUGCGAGAGCCAUAUGAACAAUUUCAAGUGUUUUAUAGAAAAUAUUUAAAACAAUUAUUUACUUUCAAUUUGCUUCAGAGACAAAUAAAUUUAAAGCUUAUUCGAGAUUCGAGAUGUGCGUAGCAUUUAAUUUUUAAAAAUCAAAUUAUAGAACUUCACAUAUCGUUGUUAAUUUGGCAAAAAACUUUGUGUUAAAGUUACUGAAAACAAAAACUAUUACGAAAACUAUUUAAACUCAACACACACACACACACACACAGACACCAUACACAUUUAAACACACUCACACGUACACAAACAUAUACACACACCUCUACAAUAUAAAAAGAAAAAAAUAUUUUCUGUGUCUUAAACUUGUAUAAAAAAUGUCUUCCAUUACAAAUACUUAAAGAAAAACAAAAAACAAGCAAAAAGAAAAAGAAAAAUUUAUAACUUAAUAACUACUAAUUAACUAACAAAAUAUAUUUAAUAUUUAACUUGAAAAUCAUUAACCAUGCAUUCAGAAUUUAAAUGUUUUCAGCUCAUUUUGAUGGCAGCUAAAAGCUGACAAUAAAAUAGCAGACGCGAAAGGUAAAUUGAGAGAAGAGAAAAACAAAAAGAGAGAAGAAUAAAAAAAUUACAUUUAAAAAAUUCUUAAAAGCAUAGAUUUAAUUGCAUAGAAAAUAAUAUCUAGUUAGGCAUGGUGUGGUCGGGUCUUUUGGCAAAUGUUCAGACACAACCAAUACGAACGAAGUUAAAGCAGCAAAACAAAAUCAGAAACAGAAGCAACCACAGCAAAGAACAAGAAGAACAACAACAACGCAUGCAUUAGACAAAAUAUUAGAGGAAUAAAACAAUAUAGUAUAUAAAGAUAUAUAUAUAUAAUUGUAAUAAUUAUAAUAUUAAUUAAAUAUACGAUUAACGUACUAAUAGCAAUUGUAAGGUCGUAACGAUAAGAAGCUGUUUGUUAAACGAUGUUUGUGCUGGGGUUGUACAACAGUGCGUAUGUGUAAUGUCUACAGCUAGUCGAUUCAAUACUAGACCGUGUGUGCAUGUGACUUGCUUGUCUGCUUGUGUGAGCAUGUUUGUAUGGAUGUGGAUGUGGAUGUGGAUGUGAAUGUGUAUGAGUGGCAACAUGGACUGAUGUUUGUAGCGGGGAGUGCGACGGACGCGUAUUAGACCUUUGUAUAUCUUCUUACAUAGUUAAUGUACGAGUAUACCUGGUAGGCCAAAUCGCGCAUAUAACACACACAUAUUCAUGAUUAUUCCCCAUUCGCUAAUGGCCAGUUACAUCAUUAUAAUUACAAUUCAGAGAACUAUUCUCCAUUCUGCUAAAAUACCGAGAAACAAAAAAAAUCGAGACAACUGUAAUUCACUGUAAAACUGCAUUUACUUCCUUCACAAAUUAAACACAAAAAACAAAAUACAACCACUGCAUAAAAUUUAUAAUAAAUACUUAUAUAGUACCUACAUUUAUGUA